AUGACGGUGAGUAAUAUGCCACCCUCCUACAUCGUGGUCACAGCUCACUGCCUGAUAGAUACAGGCAGGCAAGGGAACUGCACCUACCCGUUGGUGCCAGAACAUGGGGGCUUCCGCUGCGAGCCCUCCCCCUGCCGAGGCUUCCCCCAGAAGAGCUUGAUCUACUUCUUCUGUGAGCCCGGCUAUGCCAUCCCAAAAGAGAUGGUGCGCAGCUUGCGCUGCCGCCACGGCAAAUGGAUCCCCAGCGUGCCCACCUGUCUCGCCAUGCGAGACAGACAUGUUAACUAUGAGGACCAGGUGGCCCACUCACUCCCCAGCGUUGCCACGACGGCGGUGGGCGUGUCCAUAUUCCUCCUCACCACCACGGCCUGCUUGGUGAUUAAGUCCCGCCUUUUCCCCUGUCACUCACACAGGCGCUCCUCUGACCAGAUGGAUCUGAUGGUGGAUGGCCUGCCUGUGUCUCUGCCCAGCUAUGAAGAGGCUGUAUAUGGGAGCUGGGGGCAACGCCUGCCACCCUGCAGAGGGCCCACCCAACUCUUACUAGCCCAGGUGGCUCCAGGUCCAUCAUUAGCUCACAACCAAUCAGAUUCCAGUUACUGUAUCCAUCCAUCCAAUCAAAGCCCCGAUAUCCUUCCGCCCCCUUACGAGGAGAUGGAAUCCCAUCCCAGAGAGGGUCAGAGUGAGGGGGACGUGCAGGCCAUACAAGUUGCACUUUCCGAUGACAAGAACAUUUGAGUGACUGGUGUAUUUGUAUUACCCACCAAUGAUGUACGGAUUUUUUAAAUAAUGUGCUCAGGCACUUAUAUAGAUUCAAGCCUACCAGCUUUAUCGGGUUUCAACCUUAUACAUAGCACACCAGUUCUGAUUGGCUGUUUGUAAUGUUAUGAGGUGUAUCCUGCCAUGGAGUCAUGGUUUAUAUCCCAUCAGUGAUGGGACCUGAGCCUUGUUUGUUGAGGUGACUUUGGUAAUGCCAUUACUGUUCCAUCACAGGGACCUGUGUGUCUCUAUUGUGACAGAUUGAUUGUGCACUGUGGGUAAACCCAGCUGGUGAGAGUAGAAAUGGAGGUUACUCGCUCUCCUUUCCUUCUUGUUGAAUUAUGAUUUGCGAUGAUGGCAGAGUUGUAGCGUCGAUUAUGGAAACCAGCAGGUGACUGGACAGUGUACACAGAGAUCACAUGAUGUCAGUUUAGGAGUAAGAUCUGUGUUCUCCCUCCCCUGAAACAUAUGUUGAGCUCUAGCUACAACCCAGUCCAAUUUUGGGAGUGGUGACUGACUGACCACAUGGAAGAGUUUUCACUUUUUUUCCACCACAGUG